UGCCCACCUUACCCUCCUAUGCACUCCCAUUGGGCUGCUGGGCAGAGGGGCAAAUGUUGUGAAAAAAUGUCAUCAGGCUCAGUAGAGAGGAGGAAGGGAGCAGCUCUGCCUGAGUCCCUCUGCCUUUCUAGAGAAAACACAAAAACCUAAAAGGCUUUUGGGUGUGCUUGGUGCAAAUCUUCAGCACAAAAAUUCGGUGGUGUCUGAUGCUAGGGAAAGCGUGAACAGAUGGAUAAACAAGUGCAUGAUAAGCUUCAAAAGACGACUAAACUCAGAGGAGACUUAAUGGCUGCCAAAGAAGACAUAAGGCUAAUAAAAGAUAAGUUGGGGGAGAGAGAAAGAUUGGUGAGCAGCUUGAAUGAGAAAUUAUGGAAUUUAAAAGGUGAUAUACAAAAUUUACAUGACAUCUGUAGAAAUCAAGGAAGGACCUUGGAAGUGGAGGAACUCUCUAUUCAUGAGAUGGAAGGAGAUAUCAGCCUGAGUAAGCAGCAUAUACAAGGAGAGUUUGCAUGCUGUAACCAGACCCGUCAGAUACAGCUCCAGCAGCUAAAGGAAAAGUUGAUGGCUCUUCAGCAGGAACUGGAGUUCCGCACAGAAGAAUUACAAGCUUCUUAUUGCUCACUCUUACAAUAUCAGUCCAUCCUGGAUAAGCAGACCUGUGACCUAGAAGUGCUUCAUCAGCACUGCCACAUGAAAGAAGAUGAGCAGGCCAUGGUCUUUGAGGAGGUGAUGGAGAAAAAUAAGGAAGAGAAUAUAAAACUACAGGAGAAGCUCCAUAUAUCUCAGGAGCAACUUUCAUUGGCUGAAGACAGGAUCAACAACCUAGAAAGCAGCUUAAAUCUUUACCGGGAUAAGUAUCAGGCAGCCAUGAACAGCCUCGAAAUGCUUGAAUGUCAAAUGAAGGUCUUAGAGGGAGAUGUCAGAAUUAUGUCCAAGCAGGAGGAAGAUAUUAAGGGGGAUCAACCAAAGGAAAGAACUACAGAAUGUUUAAUAUAUGAACUGAAGGAGACCCAAAAGCGCCUAAAUGAUGCAUGGCAAGAGGGCUCUGAACAAGAAGAGGUCCUUCAAGAGCUUCGAGAUAAGCUCAUUUGUAGCAAUCUUAAAAUAUUGGAUCAUGAAGAGACGCUUAUAAAAUUAGAAGUGGACUUUGCUGCCUAUCGAGUGUCCCACAGACAACUUGUCUGCCCUUCAGAUGAGUCAGAGGAUAUCAAUCAGAUCUUGGCGCAGAUUGAGGAACAGUGUGAGAGUCAGUGCCUCCGAGUAGAAGAGUACCAGUACCUCCUACAGGACAUGAAGAAGGAGCUGGAAAGAGUAUCAGAACAGAAGAAGAAGAUCAUGAAGGACCUCAUGAAGCUGGAGUUAGAUAUGCACAACCUUCUGCAAGAGACAGCAAACCAAACAGAGUGGAAGGAUGGAAAAGUGAAGGAUUUAAAGGAACACAUGAAGAAUCUACAAGUUCAAUUGAAAGAAUCCCAGACUAUUUGUUUAGAGAAAGAAAAAGUCAUUCAGGAGAAAAAUGAAACCCUGUGCCAAACUCAGCGGGAAAUAAUCCUGGUGCAAAAUACCCUUGAAGAAAAGCAUGCAGAAAUGGAGAAGCAACAAGCCAGAGUAGAAGAGGUGGAGCAAACCCUCCAGAAGGUGAAGCAGCAGGAGGAAAAAAGUGAGACCCAGAAUGCUGUCCUGGAUGCUGAGGUCCAGCAGCUGAAGUGUAGACUAAAUGAGGCCCACGAAGGCCAGAAGCUGAUUGUUCAGCAGCUGACGUAUGCUGAUGAACAGGCAGCUCUGCUAAAAGACAGCCUAAACCUUACCCAACAGAAACUGGAAGCUAAAAUAUCUGAGAAUAAAGAAAAGAAUGAUCUUAUCGACAGAUUAUCCAAUCAACUUGAAAGACAUCAAGAAGAUUCAUCCACAGCAGUGAAUCUACUGGAAACAGAAAGAAAGAAUCUUGAAAUUCUGACAUCAGAGCUUCAAGUAUCCAAUAGGAAACACCAGAAUGCAGAAAAGAAAAUUGCAGAACUUCAGAAAACAAUGGAUCAUAUGAAACCGCAGCUGAGACAAUGCAAGGAGAAGAUGAAGGAACUUGAGGAGCAGCUCAAAGAGGAACGUAAUAGUAAUAGGAUUCUACGAAAUCAACUGAAACAGCUAAAGAAUGAGCAAGAAGAUAGCCAAGACUUGAUGCUAAAUUGGAUGACCCAAGAAAAAGAGCUGAAGGAUCAAAUUAAGGCACUCAAGCUGGAGAUCCAAAACAAUAAGCAACUGGAGGAGGAGAAAGUGACCCUCCUUGAAGAUCAGUCGAUAUAUUAUUCACCACAGUGGUGCCAGGCUGAGGCUGUUGAAAAGGCACAUCUAGCUGAAAAGAGGAAGGAGAGAUGGAAUGAGCCUGAGGAUGAGAAAGACAAUCUCCUGGACAUGAUGGAAUCUCAAUCACUGCAGUUGGUCUCACCUCCAAUAAAGGUCUGUGCUGAGGAGAAGAUACAACAUCAGGCCAAAAAGAGGAAGGAGAGAAGAAAUGAACCUGAGGAUGAGAAAUAUAGUCUCUUGGAUGUGAUGGAAUAUUAUUCGCCAGAAUUGGACUCACCUACAAGAAAGCUCAGUGCUGAGAAGAAGAUUCAACAGCAAGCAGAAAAGGACUUGCCUAUUAGAAAGCCCUGUGCUGACCAAAAGAAGAUUCUACAGCAAGUAAAAAAGGAAAAGGACAGAUUGAGUGAACCUGAGGAUGACCAGCAGGGUCUCCAGGAUAAGAUGAAAGAUUGUUCAUGCCCACAAGACUCAAAAGCAAGAAGACCCAAUACUAUUGCAAAGAAGAUCCAGCAGCCGGUAGAAAAGGUUGAGGACAGAUUGAAUGAGCCUGAGGAUGACCAACAGAGUCUCCGGGAUAAGAUGCAAUAUUAUGCAUUGCGACUAGAUUCACCUACAAGAAAGCUCACUUCUACUGUGAGGAAGAUCCAACAGCAAGCAGAUAAGCAAGAUUCACCAACAAGAAAAAUCUGUACUUCUGAGAAGAUGCAACAGCAAGCAGAAAAUGUUGAGAACAAAUCAAAUGAGCCUGAGGAUGACCAACAGAGUCUCCAGGAUAAGAUGCAAUAUUAUGCGUUGCGACUGGAUUCGCCUACAAAAAAGCUCACUUCUGCUGUAAGGAAGAUCCAACAGCAAGCAGAUAAGGUAAAGGACAGACUGAAGGAAGCCGAGAAUGAGAAACAGAGUCUCCAGGAUAAGGUGCAAUAUUAUUUUUUACAACUGGAUUCACCUACAAGACAACUCAGUUCUACUGUGUGGAAGAUCCAGCAACAGGGAGAUGUGAGCAGUCCCAAGAGCAUAAGAAUGGAUUUACCUACAAGAAAGCACAGUUGUGCUACGGUGAAGAUCCAACAGCAACCAGAGAAGAUGACAGAAAAAUUGAAUGAACCUGAGGAUGAGAAACCAAGUCUCGACAAAAAGAAGCAAUACUAUCUUUCGCAAGGGGACUCGCCUACAAGAAAGCUCCAUACACCUGAGAAGAUGAUACCACAGCAGGCAGAAAAGGACUCACCUAUAAGAAAACUCUAUACACCUGAGAAGAAGAUGCAACAGCAGGCAGAAAAGGAUUCAUCUACAAGAAAGAUCUCUUUGCCUAAGAAGAUGCAACAGCAGGCAGAAAAAGACUCGCCUACAAGAAAACUCCAUGCACCUGAGAAGAAGAUCCAACAGCAGCCAGGAAAGGAGGAAUAUGUUGGGAGUGAACCUGAGGAUAAGAGCCAGGAUCUCCAGGAUAAGAUACAAUAUUUUACACUACUUCCAAAAAAGCUCAGGUCUGCUGAGAAGAUCCAACCAAAGGAAAAAAAGGGCUUACCUAAAAGAAAGCCUCGAUAUCCUGAGAAGAAGACCCCAAGGCAACCGGAAGAGAGUUCACCUACAAGAAAGCCUAGUUAUCCUGAGAAGAGGAUGAAAAGGCUGCCAGACGAGGAGGAAGAUAUUGGGAGUCAACCUAAGGAUGAAUUCCAGGAUGAAAAGCAAUACCCUCCAUUGUAUGAGGACUCAAUUCAAAGAAAGUUCAUUUCUCCUGAGAUCAUCCAACCAAAAGAAAAAAAGGAAGAAUAUGUUGGGAGUGAACCUGAGGAUAAGAGCCAGGAUCUCCAGGAUAAGAUAGAAUAUUUUACACUACUUCCAAAAAAACUCAGGUCUGCUGAGAAGAUCCAACCAGAGGAAGAAAAGGAGGAAGAUGUUAGGAGUGAACCAGAGGAUGAGAGUCAAUACCUACAGGAUGAGAUGCAAUAUUCUCCAUUGCAUCACAUCUCACUUCCAAGAAAACUUGGUUCUACUGAGAAGAUUCAACCAAAGGGAGAAAAGGGCUCACCUACAAGAAAGCCUAGUUAUCCUGAGAAGAAGAUGGAAAGGCAGCCAGAAGAGGAGGAAGAUAUUGUGAGUGAACCCAAGGAUGAGAGCCUGGAUCUCCAGGAUGAGAUGCAAUAUUCUCCACUGCAUCAGGAUUCACCACAAAGAAAGGUCAGUUUUACUGAGAAGAUGCAAACAAAGGGAGACAAGGGCUCACCUACAAGAAAGCCUAGUUAUCCUGAGAAGAAGAUGGAAAGGCAGCCAGAAGAGGAGGAAGAUAUUGGAAGCAAACCUAAGGAUGAGGUGCAAUAUUCUCCAUUGCAUCAGAUCUCACCUAAGAUGCAACCAAAGAGAGAAAAUGGCUCACCUACAAGAAAGCCUAGUUUUCCUGAAAAGAAGCUGAAAAUGCCGCCAGAAGAGGGCUUACCUACAAGAAAGCCUAGUUAUCCUGAGAAGAUGGAAAAACAGCCAGAAGAGGGCUUACCUACAAGAAUGCCUAGUUAUUCUGAGAAGAUGGAAAAACAGCCAGAAGAGGGCUUACCUACAAGAAAGCCUAGUUAUCCUGAGAAGAUGGAAAAACAGCCAGAAAAGGGCUUACCUACAAGAAAGCCUAGUUAUCCUGAGAAGAUGGAAAAACAGCCAGAAGAGGAGGAAUAUAUUGGGAGUGAACCAGGGGAUGAGAGCCAGGUUCUCCAGGAUGAGAUGCAAUAUUCUCCAUUGCAUCAAAAUUCAGCACCAAGAAAGGUCAGUUUUCCUGAGAAGAUACAUUCAAAGGAAGAAAAGGGUUCACCUACAAGAAAGCCUAGUUAUCCUGAGAAGAAGGUAGAAGGGCAGCCAGAAAAGGAAGAAGAUAUUCAGAGUGAACCUGAGGAAAAAAGCCAUGGUUUCCAGGAUGAGAUGGAAUAUUCUCCAUUGCAUCAGAUCUCAACUCCAAGAAAGCUAAGUUCUACUGAGAAGAAAAUGCAACCAAAGGGAGAAAAGGGCUCACCCAUAAGAAAGCCUAAUUAUUUGGAGAAGAUGGAAAAGCAGCCAGAAGAGGGCUCACCUACAAGAAAGCCUGGUUAUCUUAAGAAGAAGAUGGAAGAGCAGUCUGAAGAGGGGAGCAGGUCUGAGAGCAACACAGAGGAGGAAGAUACUAUGAGUGAACCCUCAGAGGAAAGUGAGGAUAUCCAGGAUGAGAUGGAAUAUUCUCCAUUGCAGCAGGCCUCAAUUCCAAGUAUACUCAGUUCUAUUAAAAGGAAAAUCCAUCCAAAAGGAGAAAAGGAGGAAGAUACUAUGAGUGAACCCUCAGAAGAGAGUGAGGAUAUCCAGGAUGAGAUACAAUAUUCUCCACUACAGCAGGCCUCAACUCCAAGUACACUCAGUUCUACUAAGAGGAAAAUCCAACCAAAAGGAGAAAAGGAGGAAGAUACUAUGAGUGAACCCUCAGAGGAAAGUGAGGAUAUCCAGGAUGAGAUACAAUAUUCUCCACUACAGCAGGCCUCAACUCCAAGUACACUCAGUUCUACUAAAAGGAAAAUCCAACCAAAAGGAGAAAAGGAGGAAGAUUCUAUGAGUGAACCCUCAGAGGAAAGUGAGGAUAUCCAGGAUGAGAUACAAUAUUCUCCACUGCAGCAGGCUUCAACUCCAAGUACACUCAGUUCUACUAAGAGGAAAAUCCAACCAAAAGGAGAAAAGGAGGAAUAUACUGUGAGUGAACCCUCAGAGGAGAGUGUGGAUCUCCAGGAUGAGAUGGAAUAUUCUCCAUUGCAGCAGGCUUCAACUCCAAGAAAACUCAGUUCUACUGAGAAGAAAAUCCAACCAAAAGGAGAAAAGGAGGAAGAUACUGUGAGUGAACCCUCAGAGGAGAGUGUGGAUCUCCAGGGUGAGAUGGAAUAUUCUCCAUUGCAGCAGGCUUCAACUCCAAGAAAACUCAGUUCUACUGAGAAGAAAAUCCAACCAAAAGGAGAAAAGGAGGAAUAUACUGUGAGUGAACUCUCAGAGGAGAGUGUGGAUCUCCAAGGUGAGAUGGAAUAUUCUCCAUUGCAGCAGGCUUCAACUCCAAGAAAACUCAGUUCUACUGAGAAGAAAAUCCAACCAAAAGGAGAAAAGGAGGAAGAUACUGUGAGUGAACCCUCAGAGGAGAGUGUGGAUCUCCAGGGUGAGAUAGAAUAUUCUCCAUUGCAGCAGGUUUCGACGCCAAGAAAACUCAGUUCUACUGAGAAAAAAAUCCAACCAAAAGGAGAAAAGAAGGAAUAUAUUGUGAGUGAACCCUCAGAUGAGAACCAAGAUCUCCCAGAGGAGAAGCAAUAUUCUCCACUGCAGCAGGCCUCAACUCCAAAAAUGUUCAGUUCUACUGAAAAGUUCCAACCAAAAAGAGAAAAGGUGGAAGAUAUUUGGAUUGACCCUGAUUAUGAGAGACUGCGUCCCCAGGAAAAGGUCCAAAAUUCUUCAUUGCAGCUGGCCUCGCCUCCAAGAAAACUCAAUUCUACUGAGAGGAAGAUCCAACCAAAGGGAGAAAAGGGCUCACCUAAAACAAAACCUGAUUAUUUGGAGAAGAAGAUGGAAAGGCAGACAGAAAAGGAGGAAGAUAUUGUGAGUGAACCCUCAGAUGAGAACCAAGAUCUCCCAGAGGAGAAGCAAUAUUCUCCACUGCAGCAGGCCUCAACUCCAAAAGUGCUCAGUUCUACUGAAAAGAUCCAACCAAAAGGAGAAAAGGUUGAAGAUAUUUGGAUUGACCCUGAUUAUGAGAGACUGCGUCCCCAGGAAAAGGUCCAAAAUUCUUCAUUGCAGCUGGCCUCGCCUCCAAGAAAACUCAAUUCUACUGAGAGGAAGAUCCAACCAAAGGGAGAAAAGGGCUCACCUAAAACAAAACCUGAUUAUUUGGAGAAGAAGAUGGAAAGGCAGACAGAAAAGGAGGAAGAUAUUGUGAGUGAACCCUCAGAUAAGAAUCAAGAUCUCCCAGAGGAGAAGCAAUAUUCUCCACUGCAGCAGGCCUCAACUCCAAAAGUGCUCAGUUCUACUGAAAAGAUCCAACCAAAAGGAGAAAAGGUGGAAGAUAUUUGGAUUGACCCUGAUUAUGAGAGACUGCGUCCCCAGGAAAAGGUCCAAAAUUCUUCAUUGCAGCUGGCCUCGCCUCCAAGAAAACUCAAUUCUACUGAGAGGAAGAUCCAACCAAAGGGAGAAAAGGGCUCACCUACAAGAAAGCCCAGUGAUUCUGAGAAGGUGGAAAAACAGCCAGAAGAGAAGAGAAGAUUGAAUGAACUGGAGGAUGAGAAUCAGUGUCUUCGAGAUAAGGUCGAAUAUUAUUCAUCACAAAUGGAUUCAGCCACGAUCAAGCUCUAUACUGCUGAGAAGCUCCAACAGCAAGCUGAAAAGGAAAAGGAAAGAUUAAAUAAGCUGGAGAAUGAGAAUCAGAAUCUCCGGGAUAAAAUGGAGUAUUAUUCAUUAAAACUUGACUCGGCUUCAAGAAAGCUCAGUGCUGCUGAGAAGAUGAUGCUACAGCAGGCAGAAAAGGAGAAAGAAAGAUUGAAUGAGCUGGAGAGAGAGAACCAGAAACUCCGGGAUAAAAUGCAAUAUUAUUCAACACAAUUGGAAUCAGCUACAGUCAGGCUCCAUGAAGCUGAGAAGAAGAUUCGACAAGCACAAAAGAAGAAGGAUGGACUGAAAGAGUUGGAAAAUGAGAAACUGGGUCCCUGGGAGAAGGCAAAAUAUUUUUCAUUUCACAUGGAUGCAUUUACAAGCAGGGUCAGAGCAACUGAGAAGGUACAACUACUGGCCGAAAAGAGGAAGGACAAAUUGAAGGAGCUGGAGUGUGAGAACCAGAAUCUCCGGGAUAGGAUGCAAUAUUAUUCAUGGCAACUGAACUCAACUACAGUCAAACUCUGUGCUGCUGAGAAGAUCCUUCAGCAGGAAGAAAAGCCGGACUCACAUAGAGGAAAACCUAAUGCAGAACAGAAGAAGAUCCAACAGCAGGCAGAAAAGUUGCCACAGGACCUACCUGCAAGAAAGUUAAAGGCUGCUGAGAAGAUCCAACCACAGGAAGAAAGGAUGAACAGACCAAAAAGCACCACAAGGGACUCACCUGCAGGAAAGUUCCUUGUUGCUGAAAAGAUCCAACUACAGGCAGAAAGGAUGAGCAGACCAAAAGGCACCACAAUGGACUCACCUGCAGGAAAACAGAGUGCUCCUGAGAAGAUCCAACCACAGGCAGAAAAGAUGACCAUACCAAAAGACACUAUAGUGGACUCACCUGCAGAAAAUGUCAUUGCUGCUGAGAAGAUUCAACCAGAGACAGAAAGGAUGGGCAGACCAAAAAGCACCACAAUGGACUCACCUGCAGGAAAUAUCAGUGCUGCUGAGAAGAUCCAACCAAAGGCAGAAAGGAGAAGCAGACCAAAAAGCACCACAAUGGACUCACCUGCAGGAAAGCUUGGUGCUGCUGAGAAGAUCCAACCACAGGCAGAAAGGAUGAGCAGACCAAAAAGCACCACAAUGGACUCACCUGCAGGAAAGCUUGGUGCUCCUGAGAAGAUCCAACCACAGGCAGAAAAGAUGAGCAGACCAAAAAGCACCACAAUGGACUCACCUGCAGGAAAGCUUGGUGCUGCUGAGAAGAUCCAACCACAGGCAGAAAGGAUGAACAGACCAAAAGGCACCAUAAUGGACUCACCUGCAGGAAAACUCAUUGCUGCUGAGAAGAUCCAACCACAGGCAGAAAGGAUGAGCAGACUAAAAAGCACCACAAUGGACUCACCUACAGAAAAGCUCAGUGCUGCUGAGAAGAUCCAACCACAGACAGAAAGGAGGAGCAGACCAAAGGUCGCCACAAGAGACUCACCUGGAAGAAAGCUUGGUGCUGCUGAGAAGAUCCAGCCAAAGGCAGAAAGGAGGAGCAGACCAAAAGACACCAUAAUGGACUCAACUUCAGGAAAACUCUGUGUUGCUGAGACAGUUCAACCACAGGCAGAAAGGAUGAGCAGACCAAAAAGCACCACAAUGGUAGGGACGGAAGACAGUGCAGGAGAAUCACUUUAUAACCUAGCCACACAUCAGUUGUCACCCAGUUUUCACUCCUCUGAGGAGGACAUAUUGAGUGAUGAAGAGGAUGAGGAGAGUCUCCAAGAUAAAAUGGAUUAUGAUCCCAUGCAGGAGUACUCACCUACUGCUGCUCAGAAUAUGCAAAAGCAGACAGAAAAGGAGGAGGACAUAUUGAAUCAAGAGGAGGAUGGGGAGAGUCGCCAGGAUAAUAUGGAAUAUGAUCCAAUGCAGCAGAACUCACCUACAGCAGAAAAGACUUCUUCAACUGAUGUAACCUCUUCUGAUGAAAUCUUCUUCAUGUGCAAGCAAUGCAGCCAUGAAUCUUUACCCGCAACCUUUACAACCGAGGAAGACCAAUUGAGUGAAUCCGAGGAUGAGAACCUGAGUCUUGAAGAUAAGACACAAUAUAAUCCAUUGCAACAGGAAUCACCUAAAAGAAAAAAAAGUGCCACUAAGAAGUUCCAAAAACAGAGAGAAAAGGAGGACAGAUUGAGUGGAUCCAAGGAUGAGUGGAUCCAUAGUUUCCAGUAUAACAUGCAAUAUUAUUCAUUGCAAAAGGACUCAACUAAAAGAAAACUCAGUGCUACUGAGAAGAUCCAACAGCAAGCAGAUACUGAGAAGGAUCAAAUGGAUAAACUAGAGGAAGAGAAUAAGAAUCUCUGGGAUGCACUGAGACGAUGUACCAUACAAUUGGAGACAAUUAAAAACAAGUUUAAGUCUUCUAUGAAGGAGAUGGAUGUGAAGGAAAAUAAGGCUUCAUCUUCAAGAAAGCUGAGUGCAGUUGAGAAGAUCCAACAACAGGCAGAAAAGUGGGACUCGCCUUCAAGAAAACUCAGUGCUGCUGAGAAGGCUGAACAGGAGGAAGAAAAGAGGAAUUCACCUAGAAGAAAACUCAGUUUGGUUAAGAAGAUUAUACAACAGCAGGCAGUGAAGUGGGAGUCAUCUACAAGACAACUCAGUGCUGAUAAGAAGAUCCAACAGGAGGAAGAAAAGAAGGAAGAUGAAAUGGAUAACCUAAAGGAUGAGAACAAAAUUCUCCAAGAGGUGCUAAGACGAUGUACAAUACAAUUGGAGUCAGCUACAAUCAAGCUUGAGGCUGUCAAAAAGGAAAAAGAGCAAAAGGAAAAAGAGAGAGAUUCACCUGCAAGGAAGCCCUGUGCUGCUGGGAAGAUGAUGCUACAGAAGGUAGAACAGGAGGAAGAUGAAAUGGGUAAGCUAAAAGAUGAGAAUGAGAUUCUCCAAGAGACCCUGAGACGAUGUACAAUACUAUUGGAGUCAGCUAUAUUCAAGCUUGAGGCUUCUAAGAAGAAGAGACAGCAAAAGGAAAAAAAGGAGGAAGAUAAAAUGGGUAAGCUAAAAAAUGAGAAUGAUAUUCUCCAAGAGGCUCUGAGAAGAUGUACAAUAGAGUUGGAGUCAGCUACAAUCAAGCUUGAGGCUGUAGAGGAGAGAAAGCAAAAGGAAAAAGAGGAGGAAGAGACAUCGACUGAAUCAGAGGAUGAGAAACAGUGUUUCAAGGAUAAGAUGCAAAACUAUCUAUUGAAAACGGACUCAUGUACAAGAAAACUCAGUUUUGCCGAGAAGACUGCACAGGAAGCAGAAAGUGAGGAAGAUGAAAUGUGUAAGCUAAAGGAAGAGAAUGAGAUUCUCCAAGAGGCCCUGAGACUAUGUACAAUACAGUUGGAGUCAGCUAAAAUCAAGCUUGAGGCUGCUGAGAAGGAGAGAGAGCAAAAGGGAAAAGAGGAGGAAGAGACAUCGACUGAAUCAGAGGAUGAGAAACAGUGUUUCAAGGAUAAGAUGCAAAACUAUCUAUUGAAAACGGACUCAUGUACAAGAAAACUCAGUUUUGCCGAGAAGACUGCACAGGAAGCAGAAAGUGAGGAAGAUGAAAUGUGUAAGCUAAAGGAAGAGAAUGAGAUUCUCCAAGAGGCCCUGAGACGAUUUACAAUACAGUUGGAGUCAGCUACAAUCAAGCUUGAGGCUGCUGAGAAGGAGAGAGAGCAAAAGGGAAAAGAGGAGGAAGAGACAUUGACUGAAUCAGAGGAUGAAAAACAGUGUCUCAAGGAUAAGAUGCAAGACUAUCUAUUGAAAAGGGACUCAUGUACAAGAAAACUCAGUUCUGCUGAGAAGACUGCACAGGAAGCAGAAAGUGAGGAAGAUGAAAUUUGUAACCUAAAAGAUGAGAAUGAGUGUCUUCAAGAGGCCUUGAGAAGAUGUACAAUACAGUUGGAGUCAGCUACCAUCAAGCUUGAUGCUGCUGAGGAGAGAGAGCAAAAGGAAAAAGAGAGAGAUUCACCUCAAAGGAAGUCCUGUGCUGCUGUGAAGAUUAUACCACAGAAGGUAGAAAAGAUAUAUCCAUGUACAAGAAAGCUCAGUACUCUCAGUACUUGUGAGAAGAUGAUGCCACAACAGGCAGAAAAGAAGGACGCACCUUUAAGAAAACUCAGUUCUUUUGUGACAUGCCAAGAGGAAGGAAAAAAGGAGGAAGAUGAAAUGGGUAACCUAAAGGAGGAGAAUGAGAUUCUCCAAGAAGCCCUGAGACAAUGUACAAGAGAGUUGGAAUCAGCUACAAUAAAGCUUGAGGCUGCUGAGAAGGAGAGAGAGCAAAAGGAAAAAGAGAGAGAUUCACCUGCAAGGAAGCCCUGUGCUUUUGGGAAGAUGAUGCCACAGAAGGUAGAACAGAUUCAUCCAUGUACAAGAAAGCUCAGUACUCUCAGUACUUGUGAGAAGAUGAUGCCACAACAGGCAGAAAAGAAGGACUCACUUACAAGAAAAUUCAGUGCUCCUGAAAAGACUCCACAGGAACCAGAAAGUGAGGAAGAUGAAAUAUGCAACCUAACGGAGGGAAAUGAGAGUCUCCAAGAUGCCCUGAGACGAUAUACAAUACAGUUGGGGUCAGCUACAAUCAAGCUUGAGGCUGGUGAGAAGGAGAGAGAGCAAAAGGAAAAAGAGAGAGAUUUACCUGCAAGGAAAUCCUGUGCUGCUGUGAAGAUGAUGCCAUGUAAGAUAGAAAAGAGGGACUCGGGUACAAGAAAAAUCAGUGCUACUGAGAAGACUCAACAGGAGGAUGAAAAGAAGGACGCAACUUUAAGAAAACAAAGUGCUUCUGUGACAUGCCAAGAGGAAGGAAAAAAGGAGGAAGAUGAAAUGGGUAACCUAAGGGAGGAGAAUGGGAUUCUCCAAGAGGCCCUAAGACUAUGUACAAUACAAUUGGAGUCACCUACAAUCAAGCUUGAGGCUGCUGAGAAGGAGAGAGAGCAAAAGGAAAAAGAGAGAGAUUCACUGGCAAGGAAGCCCUGUGCUGCUGGGAAGAUGAUGCCACAGAAGGUAGAAAAGGGAGAAGAUGAAAUGUGUAAGCUAAAGGAAGAGAAUGAGAUUCUCCAAGAUGCACUGAGACGAUAUACAAUACAGUUGGAGUCAGCUACAAUCAAGCUUGAGGCUGCUGAGAAGGAGAGAGAGCAAAAGGAAAAAGAGAGAGAUUCACCUGCAAGGAAGUCCUGUGCUGCUGUGAAGAUGAUACCACAGAAGGUAGAAAAGUGGGAUUCGCCUACAAGAAAACUCAGUGCGGCUGAGAAGACCCAAAGGGAAGAAGAAAAGAUUCAUCCAUGUACAAGAAAGCUCAGUACUCUCAGUACUUGUGAGAAGAUGAUGCCACAGCAGGCAGAAAAGAAGGACACAACUUUAAGAAAACAAAGUGCUUCUGUGACAUUCCAAGAGGAAGAAAAAAAGAGAGAUUCACUGGCAAGGAAGCCCUGUGCUGCUGGGAAGAUGAUGCCACAGAAGGUAGAAAAGGAGGAAGGUGAAAUGGGUAACCUAAAGGAUGAGAAUGAGAGUCUCCAAGAUGCCCUGAAACGAUAUACAAUACAGUUGGAAUCAGCUACAAUCAAGCUUGAGGCUGUUGAGAAGGAGAGAGAGCCAAAGGAAAAAGAGAGAGAUUCACCUUCAAGGAAGCCCUGUGCUGCUGGGAAGCUGAUACCACAGCAGGCAGAAAAGUGGUACUCACCUAUAAGAAAGCAAAGUGCUGUUGAGAAAAUUCAAGAGGAGGCAAAAAGGGAGGAAAAUAAAACAUGCAACCUUAAAGAUGAGAAUGAGGUUCUCCGAGAGGCCCUGAGACGAUGUACAAUACUGUUGGACUCAGCUACAAACAAGCUUGAGGCUACUGAGAAGGCAAUAGAGCAAAAGGAAAAAGAGUGGGACUUGACUACAAGAACACUCAGUGCUGCUGAGAAGAUCCAACAGGAAGCAAGAAAGGAGAAAGAUGAAGUAGAUAACCUAAAGGAUGAGAAUGAGAUUCUCCGAGAUGCCCUAAGAUGUUGUACAAUACAAUUGGAGUCAGCUACUAACAAGCUUGAGGCUGCUGAGAAGGAGAUAGAGCGAAAGGAAAAAGAGGAGGAAGAUGAAGUGGAUAACCUAAAGGAUGAGAAUGAGAUUCUCCGAGAUGCCCUAAGAUGUUGUACAAUACAAUUGGAGUCAGCUACUAACAAGCUUGAGGCUGCUGAGAAGGAGAUAGAGCGAAAGGAAAAAGAGGAGGAAGAUGAAGUGGAUAAUCUAAAGGAUGAAAAUGAGAUUCUCCGAGAAACCCUAAGACAAUGUACGAAGCAGUUGGAGUCAGCUACAAACAAGCUUGAGGCUGCUGAGAAGAAGAGAGAGCAAAAGGAAAAAGAGUGGGACUCAACUACAAGAAAAUUCAGUGCUGCUAAGAUGAUCCAACUGGAGGAAGAAAAGGAAAAGGAUCAAAUGGUAGGUGAGCUAGAGGAGGAGAACAAGAUGCUGAGGAAGGCCCUGAGACAAUGUACAAAGCAAUUGGAGUCAGCUACAAAUGAGCUUGAAAAUACUGAGAAGGGGAGGGACAUGAAGGAAAAUAAGAAGGAUUCACCCACAAAAUUCAGUGCUGCUGAGAUGAUGCAACAGCAGGCAGAAAGGUGUGACUCACCUACAAGAAAACUCAGUACUGCUGAGAAGAUCCAACAGGAGAAAGAAAAAUGGUGUUCACCUAUAAGAAAGCUCAGUGCUGCUGAGAAGAGCCAACAACAGGCAGAAAACGAGGGGAAUCAAAUUGGUAAGCUAGAGGAAGAGAAUGAAAUUCUCCGAAAAGCCCUGAGACAAUGUACAAAGCAAUUGGAGUCAGCUGCAAACAAACUUGAGUCUACUGAGAAGGAGAUGCAGGUGAAGGAAAAUGAGAGGGAUUCACCUAUAAGAAGACUCGGUGCUGCUGAGAUGGUGCAACAGCAAGCAGAAAAGUGGGACUCACCUAGAAGAAAGUUCAGUGCUGCUGAAAAGAAGAUCCAACAGCAGGCAGAUAGGUAUCUUAUCCACUCACCUAUAAGAAGGCCCAGUUCUGCUGAGAAGAUCCAACAACAGUCAGUUUGUGAGAAGGAUCAAGUGAAUGUAUUAGAAGAGGAGGUCAAGAUUCUCCAGGAGUCCCUGAGACAAUGUACCAUGCAACUGGAAUCAGCUACAAACAAGCUAGAGAUAGCUGCUGACAAGAGAGACUCGCCUACAAGAAAACAAAGUGCUGCUGAGGAAAUCCAACAGCAGGCAAAAAAGGGGAACUCACGUAUAAGAAAGCUCAAUGAUGCUGAGAUCCAACAACAAGCAAAUACUGAGAAGGAUCAAGUGAGUGUGUUAGAGGAGGAAGUCAAGAUUCUCCAGGAAGCCCUGAAACAAUGUACCAUGCAACUGGAAUCAGCUACAAACAAGCUGGAGGAAGCUGCUGACAAGAGAAUGGAGGUUAUAGAAAUUGAGAGUUAUUCACCUAUAAGAAAGCUUUAUACUGCUGAAAAGAUCCACCAGCAGGUAGAAAAGAUGGACUCAACUACAAAAAGAUUCAAUGCUGCAAUGCAGAUGAUGCAACAAGCAGAAAAGAGGACCUCAUCUCCAAAAAGGCUGUGUGCUGUUGAGAAGAUACAACCACAGAUAGAAAUGGAAGAAGAGAAACUGAGUGAAUCGGAGGCUGAAAAAGAGAGUCUAGGAUAUAAGAUGGAAUAUUCUCCAUUGAGUAGGGUCUUAUCUCCAAGGAGACUUCGUGCUGCUGAGAAGAUCCAACAACAAGUAGAAAGGAGAGCCUCACCUCCAAGAAGGCUCUGUGCUGCUAAGAAGAUACAACUGGCUGAAAAGUGGGAAUCACCUUCAAGAAAGUUCCAUUUUGCUCAGAAGAACCAACCACUAGCAGAAAAGAAGUCACCUCCAAGAAAGCUCUAUACUUCUGAGAAGAAGAUCCAACAACAGACAGAAAAGGAGGAGGACAUAUUGAGUGAAUCCGAGGCUGAGAAAGAGUAUAUGGUGUAUAAGAUGGAUUCUCCACUGAGGAUAGCCUCAUCUCCAAGGAAGUUCAGUGAGGAGAAGAUCCAACCUUUUUGUUUGGCAGAAAGGGUAAGCCAACCCCGAGAAUACCAGUGGAAGUCAUCUCCAAGAACACUCAGAGCUACUGAGAAGAGGAUGCAACAGCAGGCAGAAAAGGAGGACACUCUGUGUGAAUUUGAGACGGAGAAAGAAAAUCUGGCAUAUAAAAUAGAAUAUUCUCCAUUGAAGAAGGCCUCAUGUCCAAAAAGGCUCAGUGCUGCUGAGAAGAAGAUCCAUCAGCAGACAGAAAGGUGGAACUCACCUCCAAGACUGCACUGUGCAGCUGAGAAUUGGAUCCAACUUCAAUCAGACAAGGAGGACGACAGAUUGAGUGAGUCUGGGCCUGAGGAGCACUGUUUUAGAGAUAAGAUGAAAUGUUCUGCAUUGAGGAAGAAGUCCCCUCCAAGGAGGAUGUGUGCUCCUGCAAAGAUCCAACAGCAGGCAGAAAGGGGGAACUCACUUCCAAGACAGCACUAUGCAACUGAGAAUUGGAUCCAACUUCAGUCAGACAAGGAGGACGACAGAUUGAGUGAGUCUGGGCCUGAGGAGCACUGUUUUAGAGAUAAGAUGAAAUGUUCUGCAUUGAGGAAGAAGUCCCCUCCAAGGAGGAUGUGUGCUGCCGCAAAGAUCCAACAGCAGGCAGAAAGGGAGGAGGACAGAUUGAGUGAAUCCGAGAUUGAGAAAAAGAAUCUGUGGGAAAAGGUGGAAUGUUCUCCAUUGAUGAAGGCCUCCCCUCCAAAGAGGAUGUGUGCUGCUGCAAAGAUCCAACAGCAGGCAGAAAAGGGGAACUCACUUCCAAGACAGUACUAUGCAACUGAGAAUUGGAUCCAACUUCAGUCAGACAAGGAGGACGACAGAUUGAGUGAAUCUGAAAUUGAGAAAAAGAAUCUGUGGGAAAAGGUGGAAUGUUCUCCAUUGAUGAAGGCCUCCCCUCCAAAGAGGAUGUGUGCUGCUGCAAAGAUCCAACAGCAGGAAGAAAGGGAGGAGGACAGAUUGAGUGAAUCUGAAAUUGAGGAAAAGAGUCUGUGGGAAAAGAUGGAAUGUUCUCCAUUGAUGAAGGCCUCCCCUCCAAAGAGGAUGUGUGCUGCUGCAAAGAUCCAACAGCAGGCAGAAAAGGGGAACUCACUUCCAAGACUGCACUGCGCAGCUGAGACGAAGAUCCAACAGCAGACAGACAAGGAGGACGACAGAUUGAGUGAAUCUGAAAUUGAGAAAAAGAAUCUGUGGGAAAAAGUGGAAUGUUCUCCAUUGAUGAAGGCCUCCCCUCCAAAGAGGAUGUGUGCUGCUGCAAAGAUCCAACAGCAGGAAGAAAGGGAGGACUCACCUCCAAGACUGCACUGCGCAGCUGAGAUGAAGAUCCAACAGCAGGCAGACAUGCAGGACUCACUUACAAGACAGCUCUGUGCUGCUGAGAAGAUCCAAGAGCUGAUAGAAAAGGAGGAGAAAGUGGGUAAGCUAACGGAAGAGAAUGACAUUCUCCGGGAUGCACUGAAACAUUGUACCUUGCAGUUGGAGUCAGCUGCAAACAAGCUUGCAGCUGCUGAGGAGGCAAUAGAGGUGAAGGAAAAUGAGGUGGCAUGCCAGAAACAAGCUCUGCAAGUUGUACAAAAGAAUCUCCAACAGGCAGAAAAACGGGAACAGGAGAACUUCGAGAAUGCCCAGUGCUUCCUGGAGUUAACCCAAAAGUCAGCGGUGUGCCAAGAAAAUCUGAAGGAGGCUCUGGAGAAGCUCAAUCAGGCCACCCGGGAGGCGUCGUUGCUCCGCGUGGAGCUGCAGCAGACUCUGCAGAAGAAGAUUCAGCUGGAGAAGGAGACGGCGGCUUAUAAGAACCGCAUGAAGAAGCUCCACGGGGAGCUGAAGAAGCUCCAAGGCUUCCACCAGCAGAGUGAGGAAGAGGUCCAUGCCUUCAACCAGAAGAUAGAACAUCUGAAUGUCCAGCUGGCCUAUUGGCAAAAGAAACACAAGAAUGACCUCCACUUCUUGGCAGCCAAAGAUGAGCAGCUUGUCGUCUUCAAGGUGGAAAUGGACACCCUCAAAGAGAACCUGCGGGAAGAGGAGAUCAAGAAAGACUACCUACAGGAUGAAAUCUGCAUCUUAAAGGAGCGCUAUCUGUCCACUAGCUGCGAGGUGGAAGCCCUGCGCAAUACCUUGGGGAACGCGCACAAAGACACCUGGAAACUGCAGCUAGAGAGCCAAGUGGUUGCAUCAAACGUUCAUCAAUGGGUGAAGGAGCAAAAAAAUAAUACUGAGAAAUUAGGAUCCAGGAUUCGAGAGCAGGUCAAAUGCAUUUCCCAACUGGCUGAUGAAAAGGAGUGCCUCAAUGCGAUCUGUCGAUUCCUUGCGUUGAACAUCACCAUCUCGUGUCACGCAACUCAAACAAUAACUGAGUUUGGGGCCUUCCAGCUUGUCCAGGCCACUCUACAGCCAGGACCUAGUCUAUUUUGCCUAUGCUUCCAACGACUAUUCGGCUCUAUUCACUUAGAGCCACGAAGGACUUCCAACCCAAGCCUCCAAACCAUAACAGCAUUUAUCAGACUGAGAUUUGUAAUAAAUGUCUUUUUAGGUUUCAGUGGGACUCGCAGUCUUUCUGCCCAUUCACCAUUCAUGAGUCCCAGCCCCGCUCUCUGAAACCUGAGCAGAGGGACGGGGAUUCUUCCAUGAUCUUAACGCGCUUCACGACGUGCGGACAACUUCCAGAGCAAACUUCUGGAUGGCUUCUUUUCUUAAUCCAAUAGGAAAUCAUUCACAAGGAAAGAAAAAUGAGGGAUUUGAGGGCCAAAGUCCAAGAGAGGAUGAGAAACAUGAGAGAAUAGUAAGCCUUACGCAGAUUUUCCACAUUGAGAGUUGGAGACACAGGCCAGCUGCCUUCUCAGUUCCCAUAAUCCCUUCCUCCUACCCACGUAAAAUCCCAUAAUGAAAUCCAUGGGACAGCCAAACUAUUUUAUUGAAGGGAGACUGCAUUGAUUGCAUUGACUAAAGUGCAAGGAAUCACAUUCCUGAUACCCAGGAUGGAGGGAGAAAUAGUUAAGAUCAUGCUUUCCACAGUAAAAAAAAAAUGUUCUUUGAAGGCAGCGAGAGGGGUCGUGCACUUCCCUCUCAAUAUUUUGUUUAUGAUGUCAGGGGUUUUUUUGAGGGGGGGGGCAAGGAGGGGAACUAUGGGAAAGGGAAGUAAGUGGAGCAUAAUUAUUACUCAAUGACCAAAAAAAAGGCUAAUUUCUCCCUUCCUUUUCAACUUACAGUAACAGCCCCCGUAUUAACUUUUUUGUGGUGAUUAUUGCACUGAUAGGGUCUGGAUUGCUCACUGUAACGAGUUUAUUAUAAGCAAAUCCAAUGAUAGAGCACAGAAGUAGCUUGGCUAUAGGACAUCCAUUUUAAAGAAUUCUGUGUCCUCCUCCUAGCUGCUGGUUCACUUACAUAAUCAAUAGAAUGAAAA